GGUCAAACAGCGCUGUAACCUAUUUCUAACUCCUGCUUUGUAGAGUUGUAGCUGUCAAGUGCUGUCGAAGCAAUUCUUGUGCGUUGUUGACUACACAAAUACUGAAAUGACAAUUUCCGUAAGGGUGAUCGACGACACAAUGAUGCGUGCCAAUUUAAAGAUAAAUUACGCAAAGUGAAAUUCUUUCUCUCUGCUUGAUCGCAAGUGCUUGACGUUUAAUUAAAGUAUUCGAGUAUUCAACUUGUGCAGCUACUUUUCGAACCUUAUAGGGCGUAUAGGCGUGUAGUAAUCUAUGAAUUUAGGCGUAUUCAAUAGAGUUAAUCUCAAGGAUUCCCAAGGAGGAAUGUAUUCAGAAUGGGCUUCACUCAGCACUCUGAUCCAACAAGGUUCAGAGGAAAGCCAAAGCGUGUUAGAAAAGUUUCCCCCUGGUGCAGGGAAAGAAGUUGCGUUAUCCAUAGUGCGUCAACUCGCUGCAAAUCUUGGCAUCACCCAGGCUGGAGAACCUAGUCCACUCUCAACUGACAAGGAGGUUCAGUGGUGCAUGGAAGUGAUAUGCUUUGGAUUGUCACUUCCACUGGCCGAGCACGAUACUGUCAGAGAUUGCGUGAACAUAUACUGCGAGUGGCUGUCUGCAUUGUACUCUACACCCAAAAUUUCAGUUCCAAGACCAAUCGUGGAUGAUCCAAAUUUUUACGCUAGGAAGAUCAUAAGCCACUUUCACAAUUUAUUUGUUCCUAGAAAAGGAGAAGUCUGGCCUUUUUUGUAUCAGGAUCUAGGUAUAGACACGAUAAAUCGACAAGCCGUUCUGUGUCAUCGAGUACUAAGAACUCUGCAGCAAAUCGCGCGAGGCCCGGCAACUUUAGAAAGAGACACAUGGGAAAGCCUGUUGUUAUUUCUCAUCGGUAUCAACGAUGCACUACUAGCACCACCGGCGACCAGAGAAGAUGCAGGGGAACAACUAUGUGAGAGAGUGCUCGGUGUAUUGCUAGAAGUAUGGCUGGUUUCCUGUGAACGUAGCUUUCCCUCGCCUCCUUUGUGGCGCACGCUGCGAGAAUCCUGUCUGCGAUGGCGUCACAGAUUAGCUUUGGUGGAACAAUGGAAUCGUGUAUGCCUCGCUCUUACAGCGAGACUGCUACAAAUCAUGUAUGGACCAAUGUUCCCCGAAUUAAAAAUAAGCGAAGAAGAUACGCAACUCGUACCACCCACUAUGUCAGAUGAGGCAGUGGCACAAGCGUGGUAUAGAUUGUUGCGCACUAUCGGUGACCCUGUGGAUCUCUGCAGACCUGCCGUCGUUUCGCAAACGCAGGCGUUCUUGCAAUACGCCAUCGCCAGUCCCAACGUCAUAGAUCCGUGCCAACAUCCGUGUCUCCAGACUCUGCCGCAGAUAUUCUUGAAGGCUAUAAAAGGCAUAGCGGGUCAAGUUGAUGCUUUUCUGGGAGUUUCACAAGCAUGCUGUUGGGAGGAGUGUUGCGUGUCCACCGUUACGUCGGGUAAUAGCGGCACGAGCGGCGGGGGUGUCGGAUGGGACAGGUCGAGUAGUAAGGAUCAGCCUCAGCCUUCCCCCACACCCCCAACACAACGCAGGCUUGCGAAAAGUUUCAGUGUCACUCCUUCUGCAGUCACUAAGGGAAUUCCAAAAGCAUCAUUAAUUGGAUUAACAACAAGCCGUGUAUCUAGUACUCCACCAAUGCUAAUAUCCAAUUCCGGACCAUCGUCUGCUUCGAGCACUGCAUCUAUAACUUCACUUGGCCAGGAUAUCAGGCCUCCGUUAGCGCCAGGACGUCCCAAAUGUAACAGUAUAUUGCAUCUUUUCGGAGAAUGGCUGUUCGAAGCUGCGUUUAUUGGUACCGAUGGUUGGUCGCAGAAUCUGCCACAACCAUCUGGUGCUUCGAAACGCCCAUCUUCAGUACUUGUUGAUGGGCCGAGUUCAUUACAAGAAACUGUGAGCGAUGUACCGCCGACACUCUGCAUAGAUCGUUACGAGUCCGGUAGAGCGGAGGCGUUGGGUGCUCUGUGCAGAAUUUUCUGCGCCAAGAAAACCGGAGAAGAAAUCUUACCUGUAUAUUUAGCCAGAUUUUACCAGGCGAUGUAUCACGGUCUCAAGAUUGACGAGUCCCGCGAAUGUGGCGAAACAUUAGCGAGUAUUCUCUUGAAUUCGGCUGACCUGUUCCGCUUGGAUUUGAACGGCAUACAAGUCCUAGUGCCAGCCGUAUUGUCCGCUCUGGAAGUGGUCUUGCCAGAGAAGGACUUGAAGCUGAAAUCUAACAUGGUGUUGAAGCCAGACUUGAGAAGGGCUUCGAUACAUCUCUUGAUAUCGAUGUUAACGCUGCCCCUGCACUUUCAGAAUCUUGCUAUUAAGGAGCUACCGAUAUUCCCAGGCGCAAAUUCCUCCGAGAAAACCCCUGUUACGUUCGUACAGUUAAAAUCAAGACUCAUGAAUUUGCUCAUAAACGCAUUACAAGUGGAGACCGAUCCUCAGAAUACGCAUAUGUUGUUGGGGGCUCUUUUAUUAAGCGUACAAGAUUCCGCGGCGGCCGAAGAAGUGGAGCAAGUUACGCAACCCGACACAGUGGCUAAUGAUUCAACGGCUAAUUUAUUGUCUUCAGUCACCAGCGAUUCAGCCAGUCAAAUAAGUAUAUCCAGCGAUCAGCGAUCAAUUGGCGAUGCCUCUGAUAUCACGACUCUUCAAGAGGAGUGCAUUGCAUUCGACUCUGCCCAUGCUCUCUUCGUGCGAGCGACGUACUUGGUAUGUCAUCGUUUGAUCUCCUCGUGGAAGACUGACUUGAAUAUCUCUUUAGCAGCGCUUGAAAUGCUGUCGGGACUCGCACGCACACGCAUUCGUGAGACAGCAAGGAAACUCACAGACGCCCUGGAAUGCAAAAGAGCAGUAAAGUGGUUGUGCGAUUAUAUCGCGUAUCAAUGUUGGCGUCCACCUCCAGCGCAUUCCAAAGAUCUUCAUUCGUCAAUCGUUGCAGCAUUUAAUUGCCUGACAACGUGGUUAACUGCUCAUCCACAAUUGCUACAGGAUAAGGAUUGCUUGACUACAGUAUUGGAAGUUGUCGAGCUUGGAGUGUCUGGCACUAAGAGCGUCGGGAAACCGGGUGAACCCAUCAAGAUGAAGGACGAGAAGGAACUAAAACCCGCAUCUAUGCGCGUGAGAGACGCCGCUGACGCGCUUCUCACCAUUCUGUUAGAACAGGUUGGUUACUUUCCGAGCGCUUGCGGAGCUCAAUCGCUCUCAUCGCUGCUGGACGAAGUGUCUCUGCUCCGACACUGCAACAGUUGGACCGGCGGAUGCGUGGCUCGGCAAGCAGCCGUCGAGAGAUUCCGCUACUUCGUGUCUGAGAACUCGACCGUGUUGGCGCUCCUGGAGGAACCCUUGGGCAAUGAUCAGGAUCCGCAGCCAACCGUGACGGUCUUGAUUCGCGGACCGUUCGGCAGACACGCGUGGACGAUGCAGCUGCGUCACUUGCCGCGACAUCGAUCCAGCAUCAGGAGCAUAAACAGCAACCCCGGGCGGCCGUUGCCGUUGGCCGAAGCCGCGCCGCGUACAGACUACAGGCCAAGAUUCUUCCCGGACAAUGUGGAUCGUAUUCCUCACUGCAAGGUGGAUGAAUCGAUACCGAGCCUCGAGGCAGUGAUGAGCGACAACGGUGCGGUACGAGACGAGCAUCAAAUCCUCGCGCAGCUCCUGGAACGUCAAAUGACACUCGAGUCGAAGCGCGAUAACGGCAACGCGAGCAACGCGGAAGAUAAAACGGACGAGUGCGUACCGCCCCAAGUGUGCCACGAGUUUCAGACGGCUCGCUUGUUCCUGAGCCAUUUCGGUUUCUUGAACAUGGAACCUAAAGAGAACGAGGAUUCGAGGAACUCGAGCGGGCUCAUCGCUUUAGAUCCGACCAUUCCUGGAUUCUGCACGGAUCUGGAAACGCUGGACAAUAUCAGUCCGCGCACCUGCGAUACCGUUCAUAUCUUUUACGUUAAGGCAGGUCAGAAAUCUGCCCCUGAGAUACUAUCAAACGUGCUGCACGCAGAAAAUGUGUCGCCCAAUUUCUUGGAAUUUCUAAGUUCUCUUGGCUGGCCUGUUUCCAUAUCAACUCAUGCCGGCUGGACCGGCCACGUGUCCACCUCGUGGAGAGUAACGGCGCAAAUGAAUGUAUCACAAUGUGCAGCGCACAGUAAUCAUGGUGGAGCGCUUUACAACGGCGAUACCCACGUACUGUAUUGGGCAGAUGUGAGUUCGGAGAUUGCAUUCGUUGUGCCUACGCAGUCGUAUCUCAUGGCUAGUUCAGAUUCAUUGGACGAGACCAAUUAUAACAGCGAUAUCAGUAACAGCGGACAAGCGUGGUUUGAACGGAGUAUCAGUGAAAGUACAGAUAAUCGGAGCUGUGCGUCACAAAAUACUUCGAGAGCGAUGUCACUCGACUUAGAGAAACAGCCAUCGAGCUUGUCGGGAGCAGGCCCGACAAAUUCUUCGAGCGCAGACCCCAUUAGACCCAGGAGAACGACGAAGCAAGCUUUACCAUCGCAAACUAAUACGAAAAUUAUGGUUGUAUGGUUGGAGAGCUUGGAGGAUCACAUUCAGUUCCCUAUUGCCGAUCUGCUUCCUUCUACUUAUACCGGACUUGAACAGGCGAGGAUGUUGCAAGCUACCGAUGUGCACGUUAUCUUUCUUCAAGCUCUCGCGAACGGACUGAUGAGAAUUAGAUUACAAGGACCAGUCUCCAGAAUCAAUCUAGCAACACCUUUAAUCGACGGUAUGGUAGUGUCGAGAAGAGUGUUGGGAACACUAGUUAGACAAACGGCUCUUAAUAUGGGACGACGAAAACGGCUUGAUAAUGACAGUUAUCAUCCCCCGCACGUACGAAGACGUUUAAAAAUUCAAGAGAUGGUGCAGAAGUAUAAAAGAAAUUUGACAGAUCCAGAAUUAUUGACACUUUUAUUCAACAGUACUCAAACUUAUCAAGUAAAGUAAAAACUUUUUAUGAAUCUCAUGGAUUUAACAUCAGACAACGGUAACGUGAUAUUUUUAUCGCUGUGAAAAGAAAUUAAGUUUCCGAGUUUUAAGAACGAAAUAUUCUUAUGAGUUUGCACUUUUCAAAGUAUUCUAAAGAUAAAGUCAUCUCUCGUUGAGAUCUGCGAUUUCAAUAAAAAAUUUUCUGUUAGUCCCUGCAGAUGUACAAUGAAUAAUAUGUUAUUUUGAAAGUGAUUCAAAAAAAACUUUCAUAUAUAUAUAUUUAUAUAUGUAUAUAUUUAUUACGAGUUGCACUUGACUAACGAAUUAUAACUCGGACAUUAAUAUAGGAGAAAAGGUGAUAACAUAAAUGCAUAUUUUUCAAAAGAAUUAUGUUAUGCAUAGCUAUAUUAUUAUGAAGUCUUUGUUUUCCUUAGUAUUAUGCAUAUUACAUGUAAAAUCUUGUAUCUCAUUAAUUAUUAUCUUAUAAAUUAUUGUAUAGUGCAUAUAAUGCUGUGUAAAAUAUAAAUUAUUACAACUUCAUUACCAACAGCUAUUUUAGUAUUAAUGACUAUUUGAUAUGUAUAUAAAAGAGUAUAAUAAUAUAUUAUGUAUUAAUUACUGUAUUAUGUGUAUAAUAUAUUAAUUAAUAUAAUUAACGUAUUAAUUAAUAUAUUACGUGUAUAAUAAUAAUAAUGUAUUCUUCGUAUUUACACAACAUACAUUUCUUAUUGCAUUAGAAAUUCAAUAGAGUAUUUAAAUACUUGGAAUAA